CCGGCCCCUCCUCCAAUGAGAAGGCGCGUUGUUGGCGUGGCGGGCGGCGGCGGGGCCAAGAUGGCGGCGGCGCUGUCGGUGAGCGGGGCCGGGCCCGGGCCCGGAGCGGAGCCACCGGCGGGGCCCGGCCUGGCCCCCGAGGAGGAGCUGCCGCCGUUGGACCCGGCCGAGGUGCGGAGCCGCCUGGAGCACAGCGAGCGGCAGUUCCGGAACCGGCGGAAGGUGCUGAUCCGCGGCUUACCGGCGGAUGUGACCAACCAGGAUAUCCACGAGCUGCUGAAGGACUACGAGCUCAAGUAUUGCUUCGUGGACAAGUACAAGGGCACGGCCUUCGUCACGCUGCUGACGGCCGAGCAGGCGGCGGCGGCGGUCGGGCGCUUCCACGGCCGCUCGCUGCGGCAGCGCGCGCUGCGGGUGCAGCUGCAGCCCACGGAGGCCGUGCUGUGCGUGGCCAACCUGCCCCGCCUGCUGAGCCAGGCGCAGUUCGAGGAGCUGCUGCGGCCCUUCGGCAGCCUGGAGCGCUGCUUCCUGGUCUACAGCCGGGCCACGGGCCACUCCAAGGGCUACGGCUUCGUGGAGUUCAUGAAGAAGGACUCGGCGGCGCGGGCGCGCUCAGAGCUGCUGGGCAAGCGGCUGGGCAGCCGCAGCCUGCACGUGCACUGGGUGGACGCGGCCCAGCUGAGCCCUGAGCUGCUGCACUCGCGCUGCCUGUGCGUGGACAGGCUGCCCCGUGGCUUCAGCGACCUGCAGGCGCUGCGCAGGGUGUUCGAGGGGGUCUGCGAGCCCUCCUUCUGCCAGCUGGCCUACGGGCAGGACGGGCAGCCCAAGGGCUUUGCAGUGCUGGAGUUCGAGUCCCCAGAGGCGGCCGAGCGAGCCCAGCUGGCCACAGACGGGUUCCCCCUGUCCGGGCAGCACAUCCGUGUGUCCUUCUGCGCGCCCGGCCCCUCCGGCCGCAGCAUGCUGGCCGCGCUGAUCGCCGCGCAGGCCACGGCUCUGAACCGUGGCAAGGGGCUCCUCCCCGAGCCCACCCUGCUGCAGAUCCUGGGCAGCCUCGGGAACCCGGCCUCGCUGCAGCUGCUGCUCAACCCCCUGCUCCAUGGGGCCCUGGGGGCCAAGCAGGCAGGAAUUUUGGGAGCUGCUCCCUCCCUUCCCCUGGUGCCCAACCCAGCACUCUCCACGGCUCUGCUCCAGCUGGCUCUGCACAGCCAGGCCCAGAAACCAGGAAUUUUGGGCGAUUCCCCGCUGAGCUCCCUGGCCCAGCCCCCUGGGAAGCUCCUGGGGGAGAUUCCCUCAGGUGGUCCCGUGCCCGGGGACCUGGCCCAGCCCCGCGGCAAGUCCCCGGUCCUGGCCCCGUUCCUGGCGCAGGAGAAGGCGGCGCUGGGACCCCCGGGGACCCCCCCGGGGCUGGGACCCCUCCCCAAAGCCCUCCCCAAACCCCUCCCCAAAGCCCAGCAGGGCGAGGGCGGAGCCCCUGCCCCCACGGUCUCUCUGCUGGGGGAGCCCCCCAAAGAUUUGAGGAUCCCCCUCAAUCCCUACCUGAACCUGCAGAGCCUCCUGCCCACGCCCGGCCUGGCAGGAAAAGGGUUUAAGGUGAAACCUGGAGUUUUGGGGACCCCCCCGCCCGACGCCUUCGCCGCGGACUUCCCGGAUUUGGGGUCCCGGAUUUUCCCCCAGCCCCGCGACCACGCCGGCUCCAUCCUCGGGGGCUUCGGGCCCAGCAGGCACAAGGUCUCCCCCUCCUCCUCCUCGGGGCUGGACAGGGGGGGUCUGGGACCCCCAGGGCCCCCCUUCUUCUCAGGAUCCCCCAGUUCCUACUUCACCAGCGGCCUCCAGGCUGGGCUCAAGCAGAGCCACCUCAGCAAGGCCGUCGCCGUCCCCCCGAGCUCCGACUCCAUCCUCGCCCUGGCUCCCCCCAGCUCCCACCCCAAGACGCCCCUGGGGGGGCACAAGAGGGGCUUCUCCCACCUGCUGCCGUCGCCCGAGCCCAGCCCCGAGGGCUCCUACGUGGGCCAGCACUCCCAGGGCCUGGGAGGCCACUACGCCGACUCCUACCUGAAGAGAAAAAGGAUAUUUUAGUGGAGGAAAAGCCCAAAAAAGCCCCAAAACAAACCCCAAAAAAAUCCCCCCAAAAAACCCCGAAAAAUCCCCAAAAAAUAUCCCCAAAAAACCCCCAAAAAUCCCCAAAAAAUCGCAAAAAAACCACCAAAACAUUCCCAGAAAUAUCCCAAAACAUUCCCAAAAAUAUCCCAAAAAAACCACCAAAACAUCCCAAAAAGUAUCCAAAACAAUCCCCAAAAAAUCCAAAAAAAACCCCCAAAACAUCCCCAAAAA